AUGGCUGCCGCUUGCUCCGAGUGCAUCCAAAUUCGCCGCAACAUGGCAGUCCACCCCGAGAGCGUGGAGGAGACGCUGUGCGACUGGUUCCACCUCGUCCCGAACUUGCUCGGGGAUGAAGGUUGGAUGGUUGCCUUCGAUGGCUCCGACAGGACCACCAAUGACGUCACAAGCAUCAGUAGCUUUGUACUGAAGGUGGUUGCAAAGGGCGGGCUGGGAUUCACAGCUUUCGGCACCUGGCAACUGGCAGGAAUGCUGCAACUUGCGGUGCUGCGCUUUACAUGGAUUGGGCUGCUGCACCAGCACAGCCCGUGGGGCGGACAGCUCAUCAGGUUCUCAUUGCGGGACCUCGAGGCCCAAAGCCCCCUUGUCGACACAGCCGCGCUCUUCGUUCGACCGGAGGUCCGCACGUUUCCGGAGCUGAAAGAUGAAGAGUCCUUCGAGGUGGUUGAGCAGCUGGCGCCGGGGGAAGCCGUGGUGGUGCGGCAGCUGCCGCGCAGGCUCCGCGCCACCGGAGCAGUGAACUUGGAAUGCAAUAAUGAUAUUGCCCAUUGGCCCAUGGGUCAUCAGCGCAUGAAGGCGCAUCGGAGCCCCCCAGCCAUUUCUGCCACCCAGAUCUGCGCGGAAAUCUUCGCUACAUGCUUCGGCGACACUACCCGCUGCAAGGUGACAGCCCUCGCAUUCCAAAGCCUCUCGGAGCCCGUCGAGGGGAUCGUGGUGGGUCGGCAGCAGGGACCCUGCAAUUUUGCCCUGGACGUGGUGUUGCGGGUGCUCCUCCGCUUGGUUUGGAGGGGCAGGGAGCUGGGACGGCAGGAGUUUCUCAACAAUCGCUUCCUGCUGCCUCUCUUUCAGCACAGUAUUCACGAAGAGCGAGUCACGCCCAUAUGGGCUCCCGAAAGGAUGCGGAGGAAGGAUUCGGAGUACUGGGCUGUCCUCACCAUCCAAAGCUGGCGGCGGGGCCGACCGCUCGUUCCGGCCACGGCAGAGGAUGCAGAGGAGGAGCAGAGUAAUGCCUGGUCACGUAUGGGGCUGCGCGGGCAGGUUCUCAAGUUUUUGCUCGGCGAGCCCGUGAGCAUGGAUGGCAGCAGCAGCUUCCUGCUCUCAAAUUAUCUCACGGUCUUCUUGAAUCGCACCGGCGAGCGCGCAACUUUUUUCCAGUCCUUGGAUGGACAGCAGCUGCUGCCGUAUCAGUGUGUCAUUCAAAGGGACGAGUGGGAAAGAGUGCAGGAGCACUUCCGCCGUGCCUAUUCGCUGCAGAAGGCUGCGUACCGCCGAUCCCGCGGGGGCACGACGGCGCCGAGCGUGAUCGAAACAACUGAGCCGCGGUUCCGCGAUGACCGCAGCCUCGAAUCCCUGCAGCAACGAUGCCGCGAUGAGCUGGCCCGAGUCAAAACCGUGGUGCGCAACACCUUUGUCGAGAUGGACGAGUGCGGAGGCAACGAAGGUGCAGAAACCACCGGCAAGCGACACCGAACGGUCUCUCCCCCACGCAGAUGCUUGCGGUGCCCUGCCUGA